ACCGGAAGUCCUUCCUUCAUAACUUCCGUUUAAAGCUUGUCCUCGGCGUCGCUCACAACAAUGCGCUUCAGCACUGGGUUGCUGUUGAUUUCAGAGUGAAAUAAUGGAUAACCCUCAUCAGUUCGGUUACACGGGCGCCCCGCCGCCUCCCUUCGGCGCUCCCGCGGGUUUAGAUGGCGCUGUUUAUGCAGGAGGAGGCGCCGGACCACCUCCUCCUCCGCCCGCACCGGGACACGCGUGGCCCCUGUAUCAGCAUCCACCUCCGGCGCUGCAGCAGCAUCUCUGGCCCCCGUUCCCCGCUUUCGACCCGAGCAGACCCCCUCCGCAGCACAGCGAGAACCCGCCUCCGUGCUGGUCCCAGAACCAGUGGCGUCCUCCAGAGCAUCACUUCACGGGACAAGUCCCACCAAACCCGCCUCAGCAUCCAGAUGCAGCACCUCCAUCAUAUCAGCUUUACUCCUCCAACCGGCAGAACUACCCAUUCAACAGUCAGUCUAUGAACAGACCCUGGCUGGACGGCCAACAAAACAACCAAAGCCAGAGUAAAUCCAUCUCUAUAACAGCUUCUGAUGAAGAAUCCCUGCAGAGAUCGAGAGACGAGCAAUGGAUUCGGAGUUUCCUGCUUAAGAGAAGACACACAUCCCCUGAACCGAAGCAAACCAAGUCCAAGCCGUCCCUCUCUCAUGUCCGACAGAAGCUGUAUGGGACUGUCCAGAUGCUGUCUGAGUUAAACAGGCUGUGUCAGGUGCUGAAGGAUAGUUUGGAGAACGAGGACGUUUGGAACGAAAGCCUCUCAAAAGCGAUCGAGCUGAAGAACAACAUCCAGGAGAGCCUGACGGACCUGAAGGACCCGGACUGUGUCGACGGCCUCAAGAGGAAACUGCUGCUAAUUCGUAAGAAGAGAGCCAGGAUGAGGAGACGAAAGAUGGAGCACGAGGAGGAGAAGCUGGAGCAGGAGGCUAGACGUGCUGAACGAGAGGCCGAGAUUGAUAAAUGGCAGAUGAAACGCAUUCUUGAAGUGGAGGAGAAGAACAGAGAGAAAGAGUUGAAGCUGGCCGCUGAUGCUGUUCUCUCAGAAGUCAGGAAGAAACAAGCUGAUGCCAAGAGAAUGCUGGACAUCCUCAAAUCACUGGAAAAACUCCGAAAACUCAGGAAAGAGGCUGCAGCCAGGAAGGGCAUGUUUCCAGGGAAGGAGAGUGACGAGAGGUUUGAGGGUCACUUGGAGCGGUUGAGGAGUCUGAUCCGUAAGCGCACGGCUGUGUACGCCACAGAAGAGAAAGCUCUGAGAGUCAUGCUGGAGGGAGAACAGGAGGAGGAGCGCAAGCGAGACCGCGAGAAACGACUGAAGAAAGAGAAAGAGAAGCUGCUGCAGAAGAAACGACAGGUGGACACCAUGCUGUUUGGAGCUGAAUUGCCACCCGAUCACCCUCUUCAGCCGUUCCUGGAUUACUACACGCAGGCAGAGCGCUCCCUUCCUGCGCUGAUUCAAAUAAGGAGAGAGUGGGAUCAGUUCCUGGUUUCUGACCAACACCCUGACGGUACAUCGGUUCCUCCGGGCUGGGUUCUGCCCGAACAACCAGCUGACGACGUCUGGGCCACAGCCCUGGAGAAAUGAUGCUCAGUUAUGAUCCGACGCAUUCAUGUGGGGGGAAAAAGGUUUGGCUGGGAAAAUGUGUGACCAUAUUAAAGGAUACUAGAUAGAGUGGAUCUCCAGAAAACAUGUCAUCUUUAAAUCAACGAAAUGAUUUGCAUAAUGAAAACAUUUUUUUAUUAUUAUUAUUAUUUUUACGAUUGUUAAGUGCAUUUUACACAUUGUUAUUACUUAUGUGCUUGGAUUUUUUAUUGUCAUUAUUCCCAGUGUUGAUUGUUGUUGAUGCAAUACGGAUUAUAAUAACAUUAAAAAGACUAAAAUAGUUAAGUUUUAUUUAAAUCACAAUAAAUGAAUAGAAUAAAUACUA